UCGACCGACUGAAACGGCGGCCCAUAAUGCAUUGCGAUGGCGGGUAGGCGGGUGGGGGCGGAGCCAGGGCCGGAAGUAGAACGGUGGCGGCCGCGGAGGCUCUGGCAGCUCCGGACUGAGUGCAAGGUGACUCGGAAGAAUCACCAUGAUUCUUCAAAGGCUCUUCAGGUUCUCCUCUCUCAUUCGGUCUGCGGUCUCAGUUCAUUUGAGGAGGAACAUUGGUGUUACAGCAGUGGCAUUUAAUAAGGAACUUGAUCCUAUACAGAAACUGUUCGUGGACAAGAUUAGAGAAUACAGAACUAAACGACAGGCAUCUGGAGGACCGGUUGAUACUGGCCCAGAAUACCAGCAAGACCUAGAGAGGGAACUUUUUAAGCUUAAGCAGAUGUAUGGUAAAGCAGACAUGAAUACAUUCCCGGACUUCAAAUUUGAAGAUCCUAAAUUUGAAGUCAUUGAAAAACCCCAGUCUUGAAGAAAUAAUGUAAAAUUUAUUUGAUAAUUUGUUCUAGAUUAGUUGUACAACUGUAUCAGAAUAAACAUACAUUUCUCAACUGUCAAAUGUUCUUUUAAUUCUGAUUCCAAAUAAAUUAUUUGGUGAUGUU